CCGCGCCAUUAUGAUUCCGAAGCCGAAUGCCCGACUUGACUCAAAAUGACGUCUGUCAAGUGAAAUUCUAACCUCUCCCUCUCCAUUUCAUAUAUUUACAUUGCAUUUAUUACAACGAUAAGAUACAAUUUCUCACAACAGACACAAUCAUGGACGACGAUGCAGCCGCCUUACAAAAUUUGGAGCAGCUUAUGACAGAAUUCUUUUCUCCGGAGACGACCAAUGAGCGUAAACGCACAAUUGAACGCAGUUUUCAGGAAUUUGCUGCACAAAUUGACUCGUGGAAGCCGUGUUUACAUUUUCUGUCUUCGACAAACAACCAUUAUGUCAGCAUGUUCGCACUGUCCACUCUAGAAACAACUAUUGGAAGGCGGUGGCCCAUUCUCCCGUGGGAAGAUAGGGCUCUUACACGAUCCACUCUGUACACGUUGUCUUUGGAAAGAGACGUAGCUCCCUUUGUGAGGAAUAAAGUAGUCAAAUUGGUAGUAGACAUAGCAAGACAUGACUGGCCACACUUUUAUCCAGAUUUUUACUCGAAUAUCUUACAAUUAUUGGGCCAUAAACAUACAAGACUGCUGGGGCUUGUAUAUCUAAGAACAGCGUCAGAGGAACUCGCCACACCGAGGGAAGACCUACCGAUGCACAGGAAGAAUGAGCUCUUCCGACUGCUUAGUGCGCAAGUGCCUCUGACUUUGGAUACGCUUACGGUUCUUUUGAAAGAGACAACAAGACUGCAAAGUCGAUCUGGAACCGUGACUCCACCUCCGUCACCUACCAGUGGGCAGACUCUUGCGCCUGCACGCGCGGUCCUGGACGUCGAGGGACUAGCGACGGGCACCAGUGAAGUUUGCAUCGCUACUCUCGAGGUUCUCGCACACCUGUUUAGUUGGAUCGAUCUGUCAGGCAGUGUUUCCACUAAUCUACUAGAUGCCAUUUUCUCAUGUGCCAAAUAUUACGAUACAAUGAAUGGUAAACAAAUUGAGAUGGCCGUACAAGCUCUAACUACGAUCAACGAGCUGCUGUACAGACCACUCUGUUCGCCUGAGGCAACUGAUACACUAUUAUUAGAGAUAUUUCAAAACGGCGUUGGUUUAUUCCAAUUAAUGGAACGUCUGGACUCGAUAGAGGAAAGUUAUAUGGAAAAAAUGACCGAGUUUUUACAGUUGUUUAUAACGAACCACCUAAAGAGAAUGGAGUCGAGCUCAAAUUUUCCAGUGAAUACGUUACUAGAAGUAUUGUUCCAUCAUACAUUCCAGCAAGCUUCUACCGUAAACGGUUAUCUGCGUUGUUUAGAUGUUUGGACUACUCUUUUGGAGAGCACUCAGUCGCGAUACUCGGCCGUGGCGUUAGCUCUUGCCGAGCGAAUUCUGCAGAAAAUGAGUUUUAAGCUCAACGCUCGAGUGUUGAGGGAUCUCGAUACGGAAAGUUUGGAUGAGAAUGAAGAGACGGAAUGGCAGCAUUUUCUAAGAUGCAAUGUCGAAUGCUUAGCGAAAAUUGCUGACAUCUCACCUAUUCCAGUAUUUACGCUAUUGUAUCGCUCGUGGAGAGAAGAAUUAAUAAUUUUCGGAGGAAUAGGCGCUGCAGUCGCCAAUAGUCAAGUCAUUUUAUUAAAUGAGGCAGAAGCAUCGAAUGCGCAUGCACAUCUGAGAGAUCUCGCCUCGACUACCCAAGCCCUGGCCAGAUUAUAUUCUCUUUUCAUUGGAAGCCAAGCGAACGUUGACCAAGUCUUAGCCGAGGAAGUCGUGUCGCAAACUCUGGACGCGUGCAUGUUUGCGAGAGAUAAUCAACUUUACAAGGCCGCGCUCCAACCGGCCGCCAUCAUCCUAGAUCUCGUGGAAGUACAUUCACAGCUUUUGGCUUCUCUUCAAGCGUGGUGUCACUGGAUAGCCAGAAGACCGGACAAGACUAAAGAGACAUUUUGUCAGCGUUGCAUCGACUCGUGCGUUUGGGCGACUUUGUACACUGCGCCCUGUGAUCAUCCACUUCCUUCAAAUCUCGUCCAUUCCGCAGUCCAUCUCUUCCAAAGUAUCACCGCGAUUUUAAAACCCAUCCUAUGGGACCAACCGGCUUUCAGAAAUCUCAUUUCUAUGGGCACCUAUCCAUACCUGAAACCAGAUACAACUAAAGUUUUACGAAGAGCGUUGGUAAACGGAAUUAUAUUACCACCUGGUGAUGCAGCGACGAGGCAAAGGUUGUUAGGUACUAUGAUAUUGGCUUUAUCCACACCUCUGGGUAUACAAGGCCAAGCGGUACCUUCAGAAUCGACUAUUUCGAUUACGGUAAUGCCGUUGACUCAAUUACUCGAGGAUUGCGCGUCGUCGUCUACGACUAUAAAGAAGAUGUUGCACUCGUGUCUAGAAUCUAUUAUAAAUAGGACGUUAGAGCUAUUGUCGUACGUGAUAAGGUGCCAGAGUAUAUGCGAGGUGUUACUCCGUUUCCUGCACUCGGCGUUCUCAGUAUUACAACAACAAUUGGGCCCUGAGUUCACGCAGAAUGCAGUUCAAGGAAUGCUGCAACUUUACACCCGGGAACAUAUUUCUGCUGGUCCAGCGUUAGAUCAGUUACUGGAGAUUCUGAUACUAGUUGUAUCAGCAUCUAGUAGUGCAUUUAAAGCAUUCGUUCCUUCGGUGACCAAUUUGUGUUUGGGCCAGGUAUGGCCCGCUGUCGGAGGUAAUUUGAGUGCUCAUCCAGACACAACGUUAGUUUUAUUAAAGCUGUUUCACAGUAUUCUUAUGCAUCGAUGGCAGUAUUUCUAUAAUACUUCAGUACUGCGAACUCUCGGACACCCUGAUGAAGAUGAACCUGUUGAACAUAAAGAAGAAUUAGUAGCAAUUUUAGAAGCGUUUGGCCAAGCUCUGCUUCAAUCGGACGUCAAUAUAUUUCGCCAGAGCUUGCAAAGCCUCGAGCAGUUAAACAUAAGAUGGCGACUUUAUCAACGAGCCGUAUUCAAGGUUCACCUUCUAGAAAGGUUUCUGAUGGCACUGUUUACGGUCUUAUUUCAACAGUCUCACAACUUGUUAGCAGACGAGAUAGCCGCGGCUAUUCACAGUUUAGCAUCUGUGAAUAUAGGAUGGUUUUUUGGCCAUUUUCUGCCAACAUUCUUGACAACUUGUCAAGGUGUAGAUGAUAUGCAAAGAGCAACUUUGUUGGAAAACUUUGACAAAUCUACGGAUCAACCAACUCUGACGAGAUCAGUUCUCCAGCUUAUUUCAGACUUGAGAUGUUAUCAGUUAUGUAGACCAGGCUGAAUGUGGCUUUUGCUUUGCGCGAGCAGGGACUCGCAAUGAAAUUAAUCCACAAGACUUUUACAGUGGCAUUUAAGUGAAAUCAGAACCAGCAUUUCCACCGAAUCUGAUCUCCUACGAGUGCCUCCAGAUACAGAUACGAGAGAUAUUAAUCAUGAUGUAACGAAGAAAAGCCUUUUGUAAACAUUUACCAUUCUGUGUAAUACCACUGCCACACCCCUUUUUGUGAUGUUGUAAAUGCUAUUAUUAAUGCGAAUAAAAUGCGUCUUUUUACAUGUCCA